CCGAUCACCCGUAAAGGAGGAAGGGGGGUUUCCAGGAAGCAAUUGAACGCACCACCACACCAGUCGGAACACUCCAGCGACGGUGAGCGGACAAGAUGCAGACCAUAAAGUGUGUGGUAGUGGGUGACGGUGCCGUGGGGAAGACCUGCCUGCUCAUCUCGUACACCACCAACAAGUUUCCCUCUGAAUACGUCCCAACCGUCUUCGAUAACUAUGCCGUGACGGUGAUGAUCGGAGGAGAGCCCUACACUCUCGGAUUGUUUGACACUGCAGGUCAGGAGGACUAUGACAGACUGCGACCCCUCAGCUACCCACAGACCGACGUCUUCCUCGUCUGUUUCUCCGUCGUGUCGCCUUCCUCCUUUGAAAACGUCAGAGAGAAGUGGGUGCCUGAGAUUUCGCAUCACUGUCCACGGACGCCCUUCCUGCUGGUUGGGACUCAAAUGGAUUUGAGAGAUGACAACAACACUUUGGAGAAGCUGGCCAAGAACAAACAACGACCGAUUAGCUCUGAAGGCGGAGAGAAACUGGCGCGGGAUCUCAGAGCUGUCAAAUAUGUGGAGUGCUCAGCUUUGACGCAGAGAGGACUGAAGAACGUGUUCGAUGAGGCCAUCCUGGCAGCACUGGAGCCCCCAGAAAUCAAGCCCAAAAAGCGUUGCACCCUGCUAUAGAAGCCUUCCAGAAGAGGAGGAAGACGAGGAGCAGAUGAAGCUGAAGACGGACAAGGAAGACAUCGAUCCUCUACGGGAACGGAGGGGGGGGAGCACCAAGGGGAGGGACGUAGACGCAUGUUUAAACAGUGCCUUCAGCCGUAGUGACCUAACGUGGGUGUGGUGUUGGAACUGACUGGCGCUUUAUUUUCCUAGUAGACAUAAGUCGCUCUAAUAUGGCUAACAUGUAUGAACUGCACUCCACACUAACAAGUAAACAGGAUUUAUUUUUAUUUUUUUUGAUUAGGGGAGGCAAUGAAGAGGUUUGAACCUGAGAUGCCUUGAAACCGCGAGGCACGGAUGGAGACACGUUUACAGCCGAAACUGGAAAAUAUUUUAGCAAAAAUCGGGCACUGAUGGUCUGCAGGAAAUUAAAGGAGAGCUCCACUGUUCGUGUUUAAACGCCUUCCCUUUUAGGGGCCAGCUUUCACUCCUCUCUACGUCAAGUCUUGUAUAUCUUAAUCUUCUUUUUAAUUUCUGUUUCCUCCGCCAGCCACUUUUUCUGGAGAGAAAAAUGCAUUUUGAGUCGAUAACGUACCAACUGGUAUGUUUAGUCAAAGUCGCGUUCUAAAAGGUUAAUAGAAACACGAUAGGUGCUUUAAUUUAAGCUACAACGAAAUCCAAGGUAGCAAAGUUAAUGUACCUUAGAGGCAUUUUUAUUGUGGCCGGUAUUACAUUUACAACAAACUAAUUCCACUUAUUUUUAUCCUUUCAAAGAUAAAAUAGUUUUUUGAAAAUGUUCACAUUUUUUUUUUUUUUUUUUUUUUGCUAAUCCUGUUAAAUUUAAAAGAAUUGAGCUGCAGUUUGGGCCACCUUUGGACAGACCAAUCAACCAUUUACCUUUUUAUUCGUAUGAAAUAAAGAUGCUAAAAACAAAACAAGAGCCGUACCGCUUCCCUAUGUGUCCCCCCCCCCCCCCCCCCCCCCCCCCCAGACACCUGCCCUCCUUCGUGUAGCUCUGUAACCAAACACCUGUCGUCUUUACCUGUGGAAGCUGUGCUCUCAAUGACACGCGGUUAUCUGGAGUAAUUUAAGAACAGGACAGGCGGGAUCCACAGGUUCGUCCUCAUAGCGACAAAGACGAUUUAGUGUCUGACCAAUGGUGGAGCAAACGGAUAUUUAAACCUUCAAAAGGUCUCGUCUUGCUUUUCCAGCACCUGCAGAGAUUCGUGUGACAUCCUGAGCCAAAUGGCUCCAAUCAAACCACAUGUUUUAUUUUUUAAGAUCAUGAUUUUAACGACAGGUCCAUUAAAGUUGUUUUUACUUAUUUAUAUAAGUGCUCUAGUUUAACAGCCUCAGCAUCAGGCUGGUGUAGCGAUGAAUCAAGAGGAUGCCUCCUUGGAGCAAAAAGCUUGGGUUUUUUUAUGUUUGUUGUUGUUUUUUUAAUCAAUCUGGUUGUUAAAUAGUGCUUUCUGGGAUCAAGGUGUAUCUCAGACUUAUAUUUAAAGUGGCUUCACGUUGCACCGCCGGUGCACAUCUGAAGUGCCUCCAUUUUUAUUUUAUUUUUUUAAUGCACCGCUCCAGUUGACAACCUAAAACCCGAAUAAACGUUUGAAUCUUGCAGCUCUAAAAACACUCCAAACAACAUUCAUGACUCAGCAGGCUUGGCAUCGUUGCAGCCUAAACCCAGUCCAGCUCCUAAUAGUUAAGAUUUCCCAAAGUUUUGUUUUAGUAUCUUUAAACUGUUCAAUCAGCCAUAAUGUCCAGGAAUUAUGCUGGAAUUAUUUUUAUUUCAUCAAGGAUUUUUUUUUCUCCUGAAAAGAUCUGCCUAGUUUUUAUUAGCACCUGAAAGCCUUAAAGGGGGCUGCUAUGCAGUUCAAAUGUUGGUUUGAUUUUGUUUCUUGUGCCAAAGCGCCUCUAGAGCCUCACCUAAAGGACCUCAGAAGGUGGACCUAGACAUUGCUAUGAUUACUAGUAGGAAUUACCUUUUAAACUCCUCACAGACUUUGUUUUGUUGCUGUAACGGCGAGAGAGAGCGCAUCUCUCCCCGUUCUGAGCGUUUAAUCCUCUCUUUGGCCCAACCUCUGAACAAAAAGAAGACUGAAAACUGUAACGUUAGCAGAGCUUCGCCUCUCCACUCAGCAGUUGUGCUCAUUUCUCUUCCUCCGAGGACCGGAUUCUUUUGGAUUUAAUGGGAUAAAAUGGUGAUGUAUGAUAUUCUGUGGAGUUUGUGUUCUCUAGCACUGACUGUCCUGAGCCGAGAAAACUAUUUUAACACUGAAAUUCUUUCUUUCUUUUUUUUUUUUUUCUUAAACCGAUCUGUUGAUGUCGACGUUUUUGAUUAGCUGUUAAAUGGAUUGUUAUGAGUAUUAUAUAGAUUAUUUUCUAGCUUCAUAUUGUUUCUUUGGGGACAAUAUUCUUGCAGGGUUUUAGGACACUUUAAGUUCUGAUUUCUUCUUAGUACUUUCUAGAUAUUUUUACAACCACUUGAUGAACACGCAGAGUGCCAACAGUUGAGGUUUGCCAGGGUCGGCUCGGCUCGGCAAACAAACGCAUCUUUAAUAUAAGCUUGUCACGUCAAAAGGAAAGAGAUUUUAAAAGCAAUACAAUAUUUGUUAUGCAUUAGAGUUUGGAUGUUUGGUGUGGUGGGUGUAUGGAAAUAAUAAAAAUAGUACUUGAAUGUC